UGCUUACAUGACCAGCCAUUGAAUUUCCGUCGAGGAGGAAGAAUGGUGUGUAUAACAAACCAGGGUCACCUUUCCUACUUCUUUAUCGUCUUAUGUACCUUAGAUCCGUGUUUGUGAGGGGACUUGGUGUCUGUGAGUCUCUGAGGGCUUGUGUUAGGCGCUUGGCAGCAGAUGUCAGUGACAGGCAGGGUGUUGGUAGCAGCUCGGAGAUAACAGAUAAAGUGGGUUAAAGGCGGCUGUGAGGAGCAGAUAAAACAGAUAAAACCCGCAAUAACGGUUUAAACUCGGACACAGAGCCGCCACAAGCUCUACAGCUGGACAACUGGGGUCUCCGUGGGACCAUACACCGUCAUGUGUCCUCUGGAGGAGUUAACGAGCAUCGAGACUUUCAGCCACUGAGUCUUGAAAACAUCAGUAUUUUCCUGUAAUAAUAAUAAAAAAAAAAAACUGAACAUGCGACUUUUAAUGGGCACGUUGAGCUGCACGCAUUCGGCUCGCUUAUCCAAGCUGAAGCUAACCCAGCCCAGGACGUCAUGGCUGGAGCACCGCGCCAGCCUUCACAACGCCCUCCGGAGGAGGACCGUGUCGCCGGGGCUCAGGUCCUCACUUCACCCGGCGCCGUCCGCCCUCCCCCCGGGCUCUCCCAGGCCCUUCUGGUCGUAUCACGCCGGUGUCUCUGUGCUCGGUCCACACACACCUGUUGCCUUUGCCAGCUCCUCAGCAGCCUCCGCAUCCACAGCACCUGAGUCGGAGAAGAAACCCGAGACACCCAUCACGGUGCCACUGGAGGAUGUUAAAAGGAUACUGGGACUGGCUCAUCCGGAGAGAUGGCGCCUGGCAGCUGCAGUCGGCUUCCUGACUGUCUCUAGCACAGUGACCAUGUCGGCCCCCUACUUCCUGGGCAAAGUGAUUGACACCAUUUACAGCGGCAGCACGGACACGGAGAUGAUGACGGCCUCUUUGACAUCGCUGUGUCUCAUGCUGACAGGAGUGUUUCUGUGUGGUGGAGCGGCCAACGCUGCCAGAGUCUACCUCAUGGAUGUGUCAGGCCAGCAGAUAGUUCGUAAUCUCCGUGCCUCUGUCUUCUCCUCCAUCCUCAGACAAGAAGUGGCAUUUUUUGACAGGAACAGGACCGGAGAGCUUAUUAACCGCCUCUCAGCUGACACCACUGUGGUGGGCCGUUCAAUCACAGACAACCUGUCAGACGGGCUGAGGGCCGUCGCACAGGCAGCUGCCGGUGUCAGCAUGAUGUUCUACGUUUCACCCAAUCUGGCGAACUUUGUGUUGCUGAUAGUUCCUCCUAUGGUCUUGUUUGCCAUCAUCUAUGGCAGAUACCUGCGAACCAUCGCCAAACGCACACAGGAUGCACUCGCACAAACCACACAGUUGGCCGAGGAGCGAAUCAGCAACGUGCGGACGGUCAGGGCUUUUGGCAAAGAGCUGUCAGAGGUCAACAUGUACAUUCAGAAGGCAAACCAUGUCCUCACACUGGCCCGAAAGGAAGCCGUACUACGAGCUGGUUUCUUUGGAGUGACCGGCCUCAGCGGUAACCUCAUGAUCCUGUCGGUGCUUUAUAAAGGAGGCCUUCUGAUGGCCAGCCAGCACAUGACUGUGGGGGAGCUCUCAUCUUUCCUCAUGUACACCUUCUGGGUGGGCAUCAGUAUAGCAGGUCUGAGUUCUUUCUACUCCGAAUUGAUGAAGGGCUUUGGUGCAGGGUCCCGACUGUGGGAGCUGCUGGACAGAAAACCUGAGUUUUCUUUGGAUGAAGGUCAAGUCAUCGCUCAGGACCAGUUGAAAGGCCAGCUGGAGUUCUGUGACGUCUCCUUUGCCUACCCAACACGUAAGGAGACGUCCAUCUUCCACAACCUCAGUUUCUCGGUUCCGGCUGGUACCAUCAUGGCUGUAGUGGGAUCCAGUGGAUCAGGAAAAUCAACCCUGGUGUCUCUACUGCUCAGGCUGUACGACCCUGAUGCUGGUAUCAUCACUAUCGAUGGUCACGACAUCAGAAAUCUGAAUCCCUGCUGGCUCAGGAGCCACAUUGGAACUGUCAGCCAGGAGCCUGUGUUGUUUUCCUGCUCUGUCAGAGAUAAUAUCGCGUACGGCGCCUUGGAUCCAGGAGCUGUGACCACGGAGGACAUCUACAGAGCUGCCAGAGUGGCAAACGCCUAUGAUUUCAUUCAGGCAUUUCCUCAGGGCUUUGACACCGUGGUGGGGGAGAAAGGAGUGCUGCUGUCUGGUGGUCAGAAGCAGAGGAUAGCCAUCGCCAGAGCUCUCCUGAAGAAUCCGAAGAUUCUGCUUUUGGAUGAGGCUACAAGUGCCCUGGAUUCUGAGAAUGAGUUCCUUGUUCAGGAGGCUUUGGAGCGUCUCAUGGAAGGGAGAACAGUCAUGAUCAUCGCUCACCGUCUGUCCACCAUUAAAAAUGCGGACCACGUGGCCGUGCUGGACCAGCAGCGUGUGGCCGAGUGCGGCCCCCCCACGGAGCUGCUGGGAAACAGGCAGGGACUCUUCAGGAAGCUGAUGGAGAAACAGGCCUUUCUGCAGGAGGAGCAGCAGCGAGCCCUUCGCUGAGAAGAUGAGCGUAGAGGGAGAGCACAGGAGGAGAGGUCAGAACCUGGGGGUCCCCGGGUUUGCCUCAGACUGAGACACAACAGAAAAACUGAAGUGAAACAGAACAUGGAACGCAAGUGAAAGAGAGGAAUCGGGAAUGCCAGUGGAAAAUAAAGGGAGGUUCUUUCUGACUCUGCUGGGAAUUCUUCUACGAGGAGCCAAAAAGUGAAAUGUGGAUCAGGAAGUGUUGAAGGAUGUAAUUUAUUCUGCACUCAAGAAGGAAACCUGGAUGAGCAACUGACAAGAGACGCUCUGGAUGCUCACAAACAACUGAUUUAAAUCACUGUCAUGUUUGCAGUUUUAAAGAAAACAUUCAAAUCCCUUUCAAGCAAACAGGAGGAAGAAAUCUGCAGAGAAAUGUGACAUUUAAUCCAGUUUCACUGUCACAUCACUUUUUUUUCGUAACAAAACCAAAAAAAGAGUAUUUAUACAACACUUCUAAAUGUAUAUUUGUUUAUGUGUGUGUGUGUGUCUGUUGAGAAGACUUGAAGCUAACAUGAAGAGCCUUUUAUUGUCAGAGUUUAUGGAUUUAAGCAGCUAUAAUGUAGUGUCAACACUGUGUUGUAAAGCAGGACUGAACACUAUUUUAUAUUUUGACGCACAUUUAUUAUGAAAGUAUCAGUCCUGGUCCUGCAAAUUGGAGUUGCGGUGCACAUAUAUGUGAGGUUGAUUUGCUCAUAUUCAGUCCCUGUUCAGGUUUUCUUGACAUCCUUCUUGUGACGUGUGUGUUGUGGGUUUAACUGACAGCCUGGAAACUGCUCAGACUUUGUGUGAGAGCUGAUGGAAGUCUGCUAAACCGACUUCUCAGACGCUCUGCUGCUUUAAAUGGGGAGCCACAGAGAGUGUGUGGUAUAAGUGAUGUCUGUGUGCGUCACCUCAACCAUCAUCUCCCCAUUUCAUUGAUUAGUGUUUAUAAUCUGAAUGCUACCUACAAGAAAACCAGAAUGUAACUUAACCGAACCAACAGACAGUUGACACCUGUGACUCCACUGUCCACUGCGAGCUGCAUUAAACUGUCUGUCUGCGCUCAGGCGGUGCGAAGCCUGGUGUGUACAGGAAGUGCACCUGGCCAGCCUUAAAUUCUACAUAAACAGCUCUGUAACCACAGACAUGUUAGCCACCGUGCUGCUAAGCCACAUAAAUAUUAUAGCUGGCAUAAAGAUCUCAACUUGGAAGUGUUUCUGUAAAUAACUGGCUGGUAAAUGCUCUCUGAAUUGCAGAAAUGAAAACUAUUAUAUUAAUUAUAAACCACAGCAAAUCACUUCUGUCUGAUUGAACUAUUUAAAUUUUGACCAGUGGCCCAAACACUGUAAUUUUAACAGUUAACUUAUUGGUGAACAAACACCAACAGAUUUCUCUUUUUCUGUGCUUUUCUUAGUUUCAUUCUAGUUUGUUUAACCACACAUUCAAAACAAUUGGCAUUUAAAUAAUUUAGCAUCCUGCAUGCAUCAGGGGCAUUGAGAGUUCCAGGAGGAACAAACCCAGCUUUGAUUCUGGAUGAUUUACAGAACUUCAUCAUGUCGCUCUCUAUUCAGUCUCUGUCUUGUGAGGAUUGUGGCAGCAGAAUAUCCUUUUUUUUAUGUCAAUCAACAUGUCUGUUAUAGUGUUUGGUGCAUAUUUGAGCAUCCCCUACAAAGUAAAUUAUUUUUAGUUGAAUCACAUUUGGUUCUCGUGUCAUUCUCGACAUCUUAGAUCGUAUUUCAGUGCCGGGUUUCACGUCAAAAGCUGCCUUGAAACUUGUCUUGUGUUGAGUGUCUCUCGGCCAAAUCUGUGGUUAUUCACAGUGAAUGGAAAGAAAUUUAGUUUUGUUACUGAAGUCCAGAUCUCAGUAAAUAUUUAAGGUGCUGAACAAUUUGCUGUUCAAAGAUGUAAAUGUCAACACAUCACAAGUGGGAGUUCCUUCUGUUCUUAACAUGUACCUGAUGAUAAAUAUUUAAUUACAUUUGAUAGAUUUUAAAUGAUGUAUUUGUCCCCUAAAUUAUUAUACUUUGUGUAAUGAUGGAUAAAAUAAAAUACUGAUGCUUUU